UUCAUUAUUUAUUUUUCGUUUUCAAUAAAGAGUGCAGAUUUAACCAAAUUUCACAUUUUGAUGUAGUCAUAAACUAUUUAUUCGCUAAAAUGAAACCUCGAAACAUUCUAUCUGCGAUUGUCCUGAUUUUGUGUACCAUUAUUCUAAGCCGUUCCUGGGCGAGAAUGGAAGCAUACAUGACACAAAUUAAGUGUACCACCUAUUAUCCAGAGCUUGUGAAAAAUGCUAGCUGUCAUUUAAAUCGAACAUCCAAAGAUUCUGGAUCAUCAUCAUACUUUGCAGAAUUUGCCCUGUCAGAAGAUGUUAGUGACGUCAAAGGCAUUUACGUAUUUUCCCUGAAACGAGGCGCACACAUAACCAACUAUACUGCAAUGGAAUUGGACUUCUGCCAGGUCUUAGAUUCUCUACAAACACAGUUUUUACUAAAGAUGAUUGCCGAUGAGCUGCGGCGAGUUUCAAAUUUUCCCCUGCAAUGUCCGUUUAAAAAGAAUAAGAGGUUUUACAUUGAUGGUUUUAAGAUCAACUCAAAGCUAAUACCCAGCUAUGCGCCAGAAUUGAACUUUAUAUCCGACUGCCAUAUAUUUGCUAAAAAACGCAAAGCCAUUCAAUUAACUAUCCAUGGUCGUGUAGUUCGUAGUCGAUCGGGUCGUUAACGAAAUGUUUAUUUUCAAAACAAAGUCCACCUAUACUAAUGGCAUCCCGUGUACACUAAUUAAAUGAAUUGUUUUAAUAAAUUUUAAUGGGCAAUAAAGUGUCAAAACAGAACCAUAACAUUUAA